UUCUUCUAUGCUCAGUUCGGUCUGCGUCUCCUCUUUCAAAGGGCGCAAAGGUGGGAACAAGUCGUCCAACAAAGCAUGUUACACUGCAGACAUGACUUGUCCGUCGGAAAGCGAGAAAAUCGUGAUAAACUGCGGGGGGGUGCGGCAUGAAACCUAUCGAAGCACCCUAAAAACGUUGCCCGGUACUCGCUUAUCUUGGCUUACCGAACCGGACGCCUUUACCAACUUCGAUUACGACCACAAAAACGACGAGUUCUUCUUCGAUCGCCACCCUUCCGUCUUUUCAUUCAUCCUCAACUAUUACCGCACAGGGAAGUUGCACUGUCCGAACGAUGUGUGCGGUCCGCUGUUCGAAGAGGAGCUGGCAUUCUGGGGCAUCGAUGAGACGGACGUGGAAGCUUGUUGCUGGAUGAAUUACCGGCAGCACAGGGACGCAGAGGAGGCGUUGGACAGCUUUGAGAAUCCCGAACCGGAGUUGCCAGAAGACGACCCAGCGCUACCAGGAGGCGCAGAUGGGGACAUGAAAAGACUGUGCUUGCAUGAGGACGGAAGGAAAAAGACUUGGUGGGAAAUCUGGCGGCCCAGAAUGUGGGCCCUUUUUGAAGACCCCUAUUCCUCAAAAUAUGCCCGGGUGAGUGACUCUUUUUUAUAUUUGAUUGCUUUAAAUGUCAUAUUUCAUUUGUCAUUCCAACUUUGACCACUAAUAUCUGAGUCGCAAUAAGUUGUUGAAAGUUUAUAAAAUGAGCUUCCCUUGAUCAACCAUAGUUGUCAUGAAUAAUGCUACCUUAGAUUUUCGUUCAAUAAGCCAUCAUAAUUGAGCAGGUCACUUCGGUAGGCUAUGACUUCCUUGACAGUUUGCUUGUGUUAAACGGCAGGAUAUUGACUCAAGGAUACUGAAUAAUUAAUUGUGAUAGCAUGUGAAAAAAUAAAAGAUGGUAUGGCUCCUAUGUUAAUUUCAGAUUGUAGACUAUAAACUAGCCUACGUGUUGAUAUUGUUUCGUAAUGAGGGUGCUGCCAAAUCAAUGAGUUGCCAGUGAUAUUGCUAACAUAUAUAUUUUAAUCAUAAUUCUCCAAAUUAAUGUUUUCAUAUUAAUAUUGUCUAGAUAUUUUAGCCUGGUGUAACAGGUCCCAUACCUGCAUCCAAGCGCACUAUUUUCUCCGUCUCCCUCCGGGAGCCUACUCAAACAUGAUUCAUUAGCCUGUUUGUGUCGAUGCGCCUAAGCAUGCUGUAUUUCAUUUAUUUAUUGUGCGCUCAUUUGAGCCUUAACCCGACCUUGAAACUUGAACAUAAAACAAGUCCUCUUUUCGUUUUUCCCCAUUUGCCCUGGGUGAUUCUCUUUUUUGGCUUGCUUAUCUGUCCCACAUUACAGUCCGAGGCUAUGAUAAAGCCCCUUUACGCACGCUUUUCAGAACCAUUUCCUAGAAGCUGCGUUCGUUUCGAAUCAGUUGGUUCUCAAGCGAAUAGUAACGAGAGCUGAGGUGCGGAAUGUAAAAAUGCUUUUACUGUUUGAUGAUUGAUUCUCUUUGAUAGUGCAGAAGUCACACAUAGCAUAAUAUACGGGUAACACGAAUAAUGAUCUUCUAUUUUCCCCAUGAUACAGGGUUUUGAUGAAGAUGUAUGGAUUGAAUAAUUGGAUCGAAUAGGCUAUGUUUCUUUAUCCACACAUGCCCUUAGGAAAUAACAUGUAGGCUAUGCCUAAUUAGCUGGCCAUAUAGUUUGCUUUGUGUAUAAAGAUGUUAAAAUCAUGCAUAUGGUAAAAAUCAUGCACACUCCUAUUGAUGUUGAGUACAGGACACAUUUCCUGGUUGAUUACACUGCAAAACACUCCUCUUUAGGCACAUACACACUGUAUGCAUGUAUGUAGCCAGGCAGCACAUGGAAACACAGGCAGACCAUGUACAAAACAACACCUGCAGCACAAACAUGUAUAGAUCCAAGUACCUGCACUGUAUACCCCCCCCACCCUCCCACCCCCCCCCACACACACACACCCUAUCCUACACACACUGCAUCUCUCUCUCUAGUACAGUCAAACCUGGCUGUAGAAACAACUCAGCUGUCCACGUCCAGUAUCUGGUCUCACCACAGGAAGAGCUGUGUGUCAGGGUUAGAUAGAUAUAUAAUCUGGAUUGGGUCACCUGAUCUUUCCCUUUGGCCACAUUGGCUUUAAUGUAGGGUAACAGGAAGUGCCUCACUAUUGGGCGCCCUCGCCGAUGGCGGAGACCACAUGAAUGGGAUGGAUUCCCGACCGGCACUCCCGGUUUCUUAAACCGGAAGAUGUGGGUGACAUGCUUAAACUUACGGAGCUACAUAUGAUCAGUGAUCAAUGUUGUGAUCAGAGCCAUUAUUCAUACUACCAUUCAACAUGCAGCUUUUUUUAUUGCUCAUGAGUGCAUGUGGCACAUGGAUAUACCGUAGCGCCACACGUAGCGCCACACACACACACACACACACACACACACACACACACACACACACACACACACACACACACACACACACACGCUGCUGUCUGUGCUGCCUUUUCUGCUGCAGUAGACACAGGGAAAGAAAGGAGGGGGAGCACCGGAAAGAGAGAGGGGAGGAUGAAAGAGGGAAAGGUGGAGCAGCAGAGAUGGAGAGGGAAUACAUAGGUACAGGGAUAGAGAAAGAGAGGGGUAGAGAGAGAGAGAGGAAGGAGAGAUAUAGUGGGAGGAGGGCAGAGACAGAGAUGGGGGAAGCACUGGAGAGAAGUAGACGUUAGGAGGUGUGUGUGUGUGUGUGUGUGUGUGUGUGUGUGUGUGUGUGUGUGUGUGUGUGUGUGUGUGUGUGUGUGUGUGUGUGUGUGUGUGUUUGUGUGUGUGUUUGUGUGUGUGUGUGUGUGUGUGUGUGUGUGUGUGUGUGUGUGUGUGUGUGUGUGUGUGUGUGUGUGUGUGUGCUGGAUUUAUCUUCCAUCCUCAAUGAAGGCUCUAGCAAUACAAUCUGCCUCGAUAUUUGAUUGAUUAUCUUCUCUUUUUGUCUGCAUUUCAAUUCAGUAUUUCUUCUCGCCCCCUCUAAAAUCUAAAGAUGUUUAAAUAUGAAUGAAGGCUUUGUUUUUAAGUGAUUUUAUAUGAAUAUUUUACCACUCGUUUGAAUAUUGAAGGCAUAUGGCUCUGUUUAGAUGUGAUGUAUUAUUCUACUUAGCAUCUUCUAUUGAUCCCUAAUGGCUCGAGAUUGAGUUUCACAGUGCGAUUAAUCACGGUGUCAUCACAUAAUUGACAUUCCUUGAUCCCAACUCGAUAUAACCUCAAUAGAAUUCUUGUUAACGGUAUUGUUUUGUCACAAUUUGUCCAGUUAACUCAUUUUCAACAACAAAUUGUAACAACAAAGGAGAUAUUGAUAUGUUUAUGAACCUGUGUUUUAACGAUUGGAAUCAUUUGUGGUCUAAUUAGAUUGUAUUGCUUGUCAAUCAAGUUGGUCAAUGGAAUAGUGGUAAUGUAUACACAAUAGAUUUCUGCGGAAUGCAGUGUUUAUAGAUAUUCUAAUAGCGUAAAACUAAAAUUAAACGCUGAAUCUCAAAUAGUCACCUGUCCCUUUUAAUAGCCGUGAAUCGGCACACAUUUCAGCAAAUAAACGCCUUUUUCAAAUAAACGGCAGGUCUAAAUGAGUUGUUUACAAGUGAACUUCAGUGAGUACCAUAAAGAUUGUGCAAAAGAAGAUUAAGGAGAGCAACAUCAUUGCCAUGAAUGAGACAGCAGUGUGGUUUGACAUGGUAGGCUCAUCUACGAUGCAUACAAGAGGCGCAAGGAGUGAGAGAAUGGUGCUGAAGCAUGAAAUCGGGGGUGUAUGAUAAGCAGCCUAGUCUUUGCAAGUCUGAUCUGCAAUGGAUUUGUUAUUAUGUUCAUACUGGUCAUACUGGUCACAAUAAACAGUGUGGUAGUCUUUUCAACAUUUAAUUGAGCAAAAGCUGUGUGCAUUAAGGAAAUAGAGGCCUGGCUCCAAUAAGCACCGGUUGUGUAUAGCUGGGCGAUAUGGACAAAAAUCCAUAUUGGGGUAAAUUGCCUGAAUUGAUGCGAUAAUGAUAAAUAGGACGUUAAGUUUAUAACAUGAAUGUGCACCACAGUUUAAAAAAAUUAACCUUUAAACUACUACUGUUUGUAGCCAUCUAUUGUCCUAUCAACAAUCAUUUCCUGAUGAAGACCUAAGGGUCGAACAUUGUUAUAAAUAAAUAUCACCUGGGAGCAUGAGCAGCAGUGUGCAACGUUUUCCUUUCUGUUUUCCUAUUAACAAUCACCCAUAUUAGCAAACUUAUUUCAUUUCAAACUUCACAUUCCUCUAGUAUAGGCUACUUAUUGUAAUGAACGAUAUCAGCAAGAUACCGGUAUGGUUGGUGGCGAUAAUUUUCGGUUUAUCGUCCCAGCUCUAGUUCGGUGAUUGAAGCAAAUAAAAGCCUGGGCUAUUAAUUGAAAGUAGACAAGGUGAGGCAUGGACUUACUAUAAGCGGUGAACAUGCUUUACUAUGAUAUGGUAUUACAGUUCUAUCACCAUGGCAUAUAUUUGUGCCUGCUCUACUGAGACAAGAACAUAUAGUAGAACAGAAUAGAAUAGAACAUAUUUGAUCCUUUUCCUGUUCAUUCAAGAAAUCACUUGAACCAGGUCCAUUUAACCUUUUACUACAGUGGGCUAAAACCGGGUCACACAGAGUGUUUCUUGGUAGUCUUAAACGUGUCUAAUUUGAAACAAAAGUAUACACCUCACACACAUGGUUAUGGACUUUAAAAAAAGGAAACACCUGUACCAUGUCAGAUAUAGUGUUGAAAUGUUUUAAAAUUUGAUUUUGCAUCCCAAUAUUACACUUUAUAUACAUCACAGAAGACUGAAAAAUAACAAAACCAUUUGAUAAAGAAACACCGGAUUUUAGGUGGGUUUUCUGAAAUAAUGUUGAUUAAUUAUGAAAUUAUGAAAAAUAUUAAUAACAUUCCACCCAUGAGGCCACUAGGUCAUUUGAGUGCAGGAAAGGGCUACAAAAAAAACCAUCACUUAUGAGAUUCAUAGAGACAUCCAGUUAUUUUCUUCCUCUACAGUGGAAUGGUAUGAUUGUCUGUCAGUAACGUAUCUACUGGCAUAUAUCAUAUGUUGUUUAUAACGCACAUGAUAUACAUUUUGAACCUCACCCAUACCUUUUUCACAUUAUCGUGCCCACCCAACCCAAACUAUGCUGGCUCGUAUAUUUUCCUAUCACAUUGUCCUUUUUAGCACGAUUCAACAAUGCUUGAUGCAAAAUCAGGCCAGCUCACUACAACUUGGUUCGGCUCAGUAGGCCUUGUCUGAUGCCCUCUCUCAAGCCUCACAAAUACAGUAUGAUUGAACGUGACUGUGUUGGCUGUAUCAGUGUUGUUGGGGCAGCAUUGCGUCCUGGUUGAGUGUUCAGACCCCCUGAAGGUCAUGUCUUGUGGUUCAUUGUUUGCUGUUCUUUUCCACUGUGUUCAGUGUCGGAGCGCAACGUUGCUGUCAUAAACACAAAUGUGACCCAGCGCAGCACCAGAACA